UUUGUUUCAGGUGCUUUUGUCUGGACUGAUUGGAGUGGUGUCAUGGAAAAGGCCCCUUUCUUUGGUGAUAACUUUCUUCAUGUUGUUGUCUGCUGUGUGUGUGAUGCUGAACCUCGCAGGAGCCAUCCUUUCCUGUCAGAAUGCCCAGUUGGUCAACUCUCUGGAGGACUGUCAGCUGAUCAAAUUUGACAGUGAUGGUGUGUGUGUCUGCUGUGAGCUCGAGCACCUGAAAUCCACCUGUAAUAAUCUGGGAGAUACGCUUAAACUCAACCCACUGAGGGACUGCAACACCAUACGCCUCCGACUGAAGGAGCUGCUUUUCAGCGUGUGUGCACUGAAUGUUAUCUCCACCAUUGUGUGUGCUCUGGCCACUGCCGUGUGCUGUAUGCAAAUGGUUUCUACUGAUUUACUACAGAUGUUCAUGCCACACAGAGCACGUGCCCUGAGUGCUGACUGUAUGACCCCUCAUGGUACCAUCUUACACCAGACGCUGGACUUUGACGAGUUCAUCCCACCCAUCCCGCCUCCUCCCUACUACCCCCCAGAGUACACCUGCACACCUGUAAUGGAGGGCCAGAGAGGGUUGCAUCUGGACUUUCCACACUCUCCCUUCAGUGCUAUUUAUGGGGUGCCUAUUAACAGCCCCGGGGCUCUAUAUCCAUCUGAGUUGCCACCACCCUACGAAUCUGUCGUGGGACAAACACCUGCCAGCCAGAUCACCACCAGUCUAGAGCAACAGGUCACCGAGUCCAGUCUGUGCGAAAGGAACACCACAGCUGGCCUUAGCACUCAGGCCUCUGUUGAUAGUGCUUCCCUUAUGGUGUCCGAGACUGCAGACAUCCCCGAUCACAGUUGUUCCUCUGAAGACCUGUGUUCUCUAGAGGUACAGGGCUCUGAUUCCUCUCCGUAUGGCACUUUGCGCAUCGUACCUACUGACGGCAGCUGCACAAGCCUGGAACACAGCACCCACUCUUCCCUGAGGCGUCAGACCCCUGCUCGACUGGACCGCAGCGAGUCCUCCGUCACGCACGAUUCAAAGCCCCACUCUCCACAGUUGUCACCCGAUGCUGUUAACGUGCCCGAGAAGGAGGAGAUUACAGCCGUUAAACCCAUGUCUCGCACACAGCACAGAGAACGAACCAAUAAGAAGCUUACCCUUCUAUUCCCUCCAAGCACUCCAUCCCAAUGUGCUUCCAACUCAGCAGUGACCUCCACUGCCGGUGCAGCUUCUGCCCUGACCCCCUCCAUCUGCACCUCCCCGUCACCCACCGCUCAGCUGAGGGGAACCCGGCUCUGCUUCAGCGUCUGGUCUCCAUCCUCCUCUUCCUCACAGCCCCAUGCUACCUCUACCCUGAGCAACUCCAACCAACGUGAGCGGCCCCGCACACUCCGUGCCACCAAAGGGUAUCGGAAGCUGGCAAGGAUUGUGCGUUCCACUAGUGAACCCACAUCCUGUACUUCCAUGUCUAGAAGUGACCGUUGUGCUCCUGCUUCUAUCCAUCCACCUGAGGACUCCCCGCAGACUCCCUGUGAUCAAGCAUGCAUGGAGCUCUCUGAAAGCACCCGACAGACUUCUGCCAAACACAGCAGCCAAGGGGGCAAGAAGCAGAAGGACGGUGGAAAGGUGGACAUCCAACUCAAACCUCACAUCCCUCACUCAAUGUCUACAGAACGGCCGCAAUCUCUCGCAGACCUCAAGACUUACAAAGACACCAAAGUGCUGGUGGCCAAGUUUCUGGAGCACUCGAGCUGCAGUCUACCUCCAGAGGUCCAGCAGGUGGUCAACAGCAUUAAAUGUGUUAUUAAAUCUGAUGAGAAACACAUGGAGGAGGCCAUAUUCAGUGCCAAUAUCAUUGAUCAGUUGAUGACACAGUCACGGAAGAUCAUGGGCAGCCCGAGGAAGAAUGCUCACGAAGAUCUGCAUUUACAGAGCUGCGGAGCUCUGAGUUCCCCAUCUUCAUCCUUGCGCCGUCCACUCAGAGGAUCCAGUCAGACAGAUGUCCCUGCCACCCUGGGUCAUCAGUCUCCACGCCAGCCUCAAAGUCUCAUCAGUGUAUGCAGAGAAACUACACUUUGACCCUCUGGACUACAAACACCCUUUUCCUCAUAAACCUCUGAAUAUGUGCCAAGGCCAAGUCCUAACUCUCAUCAGCAGAAAACUGUAGCUCUUGAAAAACAAACAAAAUGUUAACAUGGAGUUAACACUCCCUCGUAAUAAAGAUAUUCAAAAAAUACCUGCAGAGGUAUAUAUUUUUAUUUUAUUGUCAGAAAUUUUUUUUUUGGUUGUUGAAGUGUUGAAUUUGCUACUGUGCUAAACAGGAGAAAGGGUCUGUAAUGGACUGUAGAAGAUGACAUGGAAUUACCUCUUCAUGACCUCUUCAACUUUUUUUUUUUAAUGAGAAUUAAUAUUGAAAUGCACAGCUUCUGCAAACAUUUUGUGAAAUAUUGGACAUACUGUACUUGGUCAUUGUGUGCCACUUCAGGACAGAGACCUUUAUGAAGCUGGAUUAUUCAACUUACCUCAGUGUGUAAUUAUUAUUUUCAGUGUUGCAAAAUAAAAAUGUGUCUGUUUGUA